CCCGCGAAGAUGGGCAGCCGCAGUGGGCGGAGUUUGGUGCGGAGGCCGGCCGAGGUGGGGUACUCCGCCCUGGGGCGAGAAGACGACGGCUGAGGAUGGGCUCCGAACUCGGGCAGUUUUGUUAUAUUCUCAAGAUGCGCCCCUCUUAACAAAACAGCCUCAUUCGCCCCCAGCAGACCUCCAGUUGCCUUCUCUCAACUGCCUCCGUUUGCAGCCACAACUUCAGUCCUGACUAGCAGCGCCCCCGUCAGGCCGCACCACUCCACUGAAAUAGCUCUUCCUCAAGGCCACCGGCGACCCAUGGGUCCCCCAGUGCGUUGGUCUCAGCCCCAGCGCAGUAUUUGAUGCAGCUGAUCACUGCCCCUUCGUGAAUCACCUUCUGCAUUUGGCGCCAUAUGUACCAUGGCCCUCGUGUCGGCUGAUUCCCGCAUCGCAGAACUUCUCACCGAGCUCCAUCAGCUGAUCAAACAAACGCAGGAAGAGCGUUCGCGGAGUGAGCACAACUUGGUGAACAUCCAGAAGACCCACGAGCGGAUGCAGACCGAGAACAAGAUCUCUCCCUAUUACCGGACAAAGCUGCGCGGCCUCUAUACAACCGCCAAAGCCGAUGCAGAGGCCGAGUGCAACAUCCUCCGGAAAGCCCUGGAUAAGAUUGCGGAAAUCAAGUCUCUGUUGGAAGAGAGGCGGAUCGCGGCCAAGAUCGCGGGGCUGUACAAUGACUCGGAGCCCCCGCGGAAGACCAUGCGCAGGGGCGUGCUGAUGACCCUGCUGCAGCAGUCGGCCAUGACCCUGCCGCUGUGGAUCGGGAAGCCUGGUGACAAGCCGCCCCCACUCUGCGGGGCCAUUCCGGCCUCUGGGGACUACGUGGCCAAACCUGGAGACAAGGUGGCUGCCCGGGUCAAGGCCGUGGAUGGGGAUGAGCAGUGGAUCCUGGCCGAGGUGGUCAGUUACAGCCAUGCCACCAACAAGUACGAGGUCGAUGACAUUGAUGAAGAAGGCAAAGAGAGACACACCCUGAGCCGGCGGCGCAUCAUCCCACUGCCCCAGUGGAAGGCCAACCCCGAGACGGACCCCGAAGCCUUAUUCCAGAAGGAGCAGCUCGUGCUGGCCCUGUAUCCCCAGACCACCUGCUUCUACCGGGCCCUGAUCCACACACCCCCACAACGGCCCCAGGAUGACUACUCGGUCCUGUUUGAAGACACUUCCUAUGCAGAUGGUUACUCCCCUCCCCUCAAUGUGGCCCAGAGGUACGUGGUGGCUUGUAAGGAGCCCAAGAAAAAGUGAUGCAGGCUGGCAGUCUCCUGCCACCUCGAGGGGGCAUGCCACAAGACACUCUGUGAUGAAAUAAAUGUUCUUCCCCUUU